CAUGCCUGUUGUUCGUUCAUGGUGUUUAUGUAUUUACCAUACUUCGCUUAAGAUAUUGCAUUUUUGUGGCGUUACUUUCAAUGCAGUUAGAAAAUAUAUAUUGUGUUUGUGGACGUAAAAGCGUUGCAUCAACAAAAUGAGCGAUGAGUACGAACCGCAUGCUGUUCCUGCCAGCGCAAUACAAUCCAGUCAACCAAAAUCAACAAUCAUAAAGAAGGGAAACACAAGAGCAAAGAAAGGGCUGGGUGCAAAGAAAACUGGUGGACUUGGGGCUCAACGGGUGAAAAAGAUUGAUUUUUCUGAACUUGAAAAAAAUGCCGAAGAAGCAGACAAAGCUCAAAUGCGACUUUCUGUGUCAUCAUCUGGGAGUGAUAAAAAACAAAAUGAAAAAUUAACUGAUACAUCAAGAAGACUGGCCUAUCAAGAUAUAGAAAAACAGGAGAAACAGGUAGACAAGAAACUGUCAGCAAUGGAUGACAGGAAAAAAGAGCAAGCUGUUAGACUUGGAAUGGGAAUGGGAAAAGUCGAGGGUGUUUCCCAUUCUAUGAAAAUUAUGACAAUUGAUCAAACCUCUCCACAAGAUGAACGACCGAGGAGGAAUCGAUAUAGAGAUGACGACAUGUUUUUUGAUGCAAAAUCAUCAAGAGACCAUUGGAUGGAUGAUAAUGACAGUGAUGAUGAUAAUAAUACAUGGAAAACACGAGAUUUCAGUUACAAACAAACAUUUUCUAAAAAUGAUACAAAAACAAAACCAUCAAGAAAUGAUCCUCCUUCGUAUUCAAUCGAACCAAUUAACGAUCCUCAUAAAAACAUUUCUUCUGUUAUUAUAUCAAACAAUGCAAGAGAUGAAAAUGAAAGUUCACGUCAAAGAAAAACCCAAUUAGUUGAUAAAUAUUCUAACUCAUCGGCAAUUUCAUCAGACAUGUUAUUUGAAGAUCAAGACAGAUCUCAGCAUGAACAAGAACAAAGAAUGAAGAGCUUGGAGGGACGAUCUGCAAUUUCUAGCGAUGAUUUCUUCGGAGGAGGUCAAAGUUCAUCUUCCUCAUCAUACAACAGUCAAAUGCCAGAUUUAGGAAAUUUAAAAGAAGGGGUCAGGUCUGUCGCUGGAAGGAUGUCAUCAAUGGUGUCGGGCAUUGCGUCUACCAUUCAGGAUCGAUACGGAACCUGAGUCGUGGUUGUGUUCAAGAACUAUUCAUUGUCGACACAUUGCGGAAGUUGACUUUCAGCAAUUUCAAAAUUAUAGUAUAUUAUAAGUUCAUGGACAAAACUU